UAUAUCUAUUCUUAUGCUAUCUUUGCUGAACACAUUGGCAGGCAAGGCAUGCUUAGUUCUCUCCUUUUUUCAGUCUCUCUUUCCUAUUCGGCUCUGUUUGAAAUCUGACACAAGAAGAGUGUGAACACAGCCAAAACGCACGUAUUUUGUUUUGCUCUCGAAUCUUUCAACUCCUACCCUUUACUUGCCUCCUUGAAUUCUGCUUGAUUUAUUUUGAGCCUCUUGAGCUUCUCUCUGUUCUGAUUAUAAGUUUCUACUGAACCUUUAGCCCAAAUGGAGAAGAAAGGAAAGAUGGGUUUGUUUUGUUUAGCUUUGUUCUCCUUAUGGAGUUCUGUAUCUGGUUUGCUUUCCCCUAAAGGUGUAAACUUUGAAGUGCAAGCUCUAAUGGGGAUUAAAGCUUCUUUGGUGGAUCCUCAUGCUGCUCUUUAUAACUGGGAUGGUGAUGCUGUGGAUCCUUGUAGCUGGGCUAUGGUCACUUGUUCUCCUGAUCGUUUUGUCAUUGCCCUGGGAAUUCCAAGCCAGAACAUAUCUGGGACUUUAUCUCCAAGCAUUGGAAACUUGACGAAUCUACAGACUGUGCUCCUGCAAGAUAACAAUAUAUCAGGACCUAUUCCUUCUGAGUUGGGGAGGCUCCAAAAGCUUGAAACUCUUGAUCUUUCUGAUAAUUCUUUUUCAGGUCAACUUCCGGAAAGUUUUUCCCAAAUGAAGAGUCUUCAUUAUCUGAGGCUCAAUAACAACAGUCUCACUGGAGAAAUUCCAUCCUCUUUGGCUAACAUGACUCAGCUUGCUUUUCUGGAUAUCUCUUAUAAUAACUUGAGCGGACCUGUACCUACUAUAAAUGCGAAAACAUUCAAUAUUGUAGGCAAUCCCCAGAUAUGUGAUACUGGAACUGAGCAAAACUGCUUUAGAAUGUCUGUACUUUCUUCUUCCUUGAAUAAUUCUCAAGAUUUACAAUCCUCAGGUAGAGCUAAGCACCACAAAGUUGCCUUGGCAUUUGCUUCAAGCAUGAGCUGCCUCUGCCUACUAAUUGUUGGGUUUGGUUUCGUCCUAUGGUGGAGACAAAGAUAUAACAAGCAAAUUUUCUUUGAUGUUAAUGAACAACACUGCGAAGAAAUAUGCCUUGGAAACCUCAAGAAGUUCCCUUUCAGAGAGCUUCAGGUUGCUACAAAUAACUUCAGCAGCAAGAACUUGAUUGGCAAAGGUGGAUUUGGGAAUGUGUACAAAGGGUACCUCCCUGAUGGUACAAUUAUAGCAGUGAAGAGGCUAAAAGAUGGCAAUGCCAUUGGAGGUGAGAUCCAAUUCCAGACUGAAGUUGAGAUGAUUAGCUUAGCCGUGCACCGAAACCUCCUUCGCCUCUAUGGAUUUUGUAUGACAGCAACUGAAAGACUCUUGGUUUAUCCCUACAUGUCCAAUGGUAGUGUUGCUUCCCGUCUCAAAGCCUGUCUUGAUUGGGGAACAAGAAAGAGGAUAGCUUUAGGAGCUGCAAGGGGCUUGUUAUAUUUGCAUGAGCAAUGUGACCCCAAUCGGGAUGUGAAGGCUGCAAAUAUCUUGCUUGAUGAUGAUUGUGCGGCUGGUGUGGUAGGGGAUUUCGGGUUAGCAAAGCUUUGAUCACCAUGAUUCUCAUGUGACACGGCUGUGAGGGGCACAGUUGGGCACAUAGCCCCAGAAUAUCUGUCAACAGGCCAGUCCUCUGAGAAAACAGAUGUUGGCUUUGGAAUCCUUCUUCUUGAAUUAAUCUCAGGCCAGAGAGCUCUUGAAUUUGGAAAAGCAGUAAACCAGAAAGGAGCUAUUCUUGACUGGGUGAAGAAGAUUCAUCAGGAGAAGAAGCUUGACUUGUUAGUUGACAAGGACCUGAAAAGCAACUAUGAUAAAAUUGAACUUGAAGAAAUAGUUCAAGUAGCUCUUUUGUGCACUCAGUACCUUCCACGUCAUAGACCAAAGAUGUCUGUGGUUAGGAUGCUUGAAGGAGAUGGGCUUGCAGAGAAAUGGGAAGCCUCACAGAGAGCAGAAUCAACAAGAAGCAGAGGAAAUGAACUCUCAUCUUCAGAAAGAUACUCUGAUCUUACUGAUGACUCUUCAUUGCUUGCACAGGCUAUGGAGCUUUCGGGACCAAGGUGAUAUGGUGUUCUAUUGUUAGCAACUAGUUCAGCGGAAAGUGGGUUUGUUGUACAUUAGCAUCAUUUUAGCACCCUCUGAAGAGUUAUUUCAAUUUCUGACUGUACAGACACCGACAUAUAGAUGAGUCAUGAUCGCGUUAUGUUCCUCUAAAUUCCUCUAGAGCGAAGGUUUCUCUUUUCCCUGGUCAUCCUUCUGGGUCAUUCAAUUUGUAGCACUAAUGAUCUUGGGAUUGGUUUGUGUUUGUUUAAUCUCUCUGCUCAACC